CCUCUGGAAUGCAUUGCGCCGCCCUGAUAAUCGGUUUCUCUGGGAGCUACUGCUGCUCCCUGAUGAUCGGUCUCUCUGGUGUGGAUUACUCGAGCGUGCCCUCGUUGUCCCGGUGACCGUCAGGCAAAGUGAGCGCGGCGCCCGGAGCUGGGACUGACAGCUGGGCUUGGCCGAGGCCCGUGGCCCGGAUGCUCCGCUUUCUGGGCAGAUUCUGUGCAGGAAUAGCCAAUCAUCAGAUUUGUCGAAUGAGCAUCUUGUCAGUGACUGAAGCUGUGAAUGCCCUGAGACCUUUCUACUUUGCUGUACACCCAGAUUUCUUUGGCCAGUAUCCGAGAGAGAGGGAAGUGAAUGAAAAUUCCCUCAAGCAGUUGAAUAGCUACUUGGAGUGCAUGCAAAGACCGGGGCAGAAACCCCUUCAACCCACAAAACUCACAUUCUACAUCAGAGACACAAGUUGUGAUCCAAAUGCACCCCAGCGCCAUGUAAAUACCUCAGGGUUUCGACCAGUCACUUUUACGCUACAGAGUAAGGACCUCCUCAGUGUGGUUGUAACGAUCUUGAAAUCCUGCAGUUUAUCCACUGAUCAUGUGCAAGAUUCACAGAUUGACAGGGGCCUGCCUGAGCGGACCAGGAACGUUCUAUUUGGUAGACCUAUCAAAUGGGAUAAGACCUACUACACUGUCACUGGCUACAGGGACCCAGAGGAAGAGUUGGACUGCACUGUCCGUAUGGAACCUGCACUUGGGUUGUGGUUGCAUAAAAACAGAGCUACUGCCUCCGAGAAGUUAACUAUCAGUAUUCCACUGCGAGAUGAGCUGAAUCAUUUAAAAACGCAACUGUGUCAGCAACUGGAGAUAGCUGAUAUCAGGUGGCAGAGAAGUUGGGGAGUAGCUCAUCGAUGUAGCCAGUUACACAGCCUUGCUCGUUUCACGCAGCAGAACUCUCCAGAAUUACGUAAUAUCAAAGGAUGUACUCUAAUCUUUGCUGAUAACUCUGGGAUGAAUGCUGCAGGGCAGAUUAUGUUAGGAACUGUGGAUGUCCAUCAUCACUGGACAAAACUAUUGGAGAGGUUGCCCAUCUACUAUGAUCUUCACAGCCAUCUUUCUGUGUUGAAAGAGAGGACCAGCUACCUUCUGGGAGACGUUGAGUUAGUUUAUGAUGAGGAUCUACAGCCAACAAUAAUGGUCGAAGAUUAUUACAGAAUGUUAAAGACCUUCUAUCAGAAUUUGAUCGUUGUUCAACCUCUGUUUCAUCCACGAAGUCUAAAGGGACUGCAAAUAAUUCUAGAGAAUGAUUCUUCUGCUCCUAGCCUCCUUAAAGCAGGUCAGCUGAGCAUACCUGUGACAUGUGACCCCACUACCUUUCAAUGGUUUGUUUUGGCUCAUUCACAAAGAGCCAGGACCUACUUGAGAAGAGAGGAAGAAUUGGAACGGAAACAGAAGACACUGAUCAGGGAUUGCAUUGAACGACUUGGACUCAAGAGACUAUAUAAGGAGCCCAGUGUGUCCAGCCAACAAAUGGUGAAAUGCUGUCAAAGACUCCUUGAAGGACACAUCAGUGAGUUGCAAGGGAUGCACCUGUGUAUCUCCCAUUUCUAUACAGUGUUACAGGAUGGUGACUUGUGCGUGCCCUGGGACUGGAAACAGUAGCUUAGGAGAAUAAGGAAAAGAGACUGGAUCCAAGAUGCUCCUCACAAUCUCAGCCUGAAGCCUUGUGAAGCUAACAAGUGAAUGGAACUGGAAGUGUGCAUGUUUUUGGAACUAUAGCUAAUAGCCAAGGCUGGGGAAAUUCCAGGUUGCCCACAGAGCUGAAUUGUAACGUGAAUUAAAAUGUGUCAUUAAAAAAUUUGCCAACAUCAAA